CGCCAGUAGUAAGUAUGCGCUAACGCUAGUAUGAAUGUGUAAGUCUAUGCAACGCUGACGAUGUUGACAUUUAAUUUCUCAUCGGAAUCGCUACGAAUAUUAUGUGAAUUAAACGGAUUAUGUGAUUAAUAUCUUCCUUGUAAGCGGUGGCAUUCCGCGCAGUUGCGUUCGAUGAGAUUCGCGAGUCGCAAGAAUUCCAGGAACAUGAGAUCUUUGUACACAUCAGGGCUUUGGCUCGCACGACACGCCAUAUUGGUUUGAAAGAAUAUCAUCCCGAGUCGAUAGAAUCUCUGUGGCGAGCGUAUCGUUUCUGUAUAUCGCGAAUCGCGAAUGAACCCAGUGUGAUACGCGCUCCAGACGAUGGAAGAGACAAAAAUUAUCUACCACAUGGACGAUGAGGAGACACCGUAUCUAGUAAAGCUCAAUAUAUCGCCGGAGAGGGUAACCCUGGCCGAUUUCAAGAACGUUCUAAAUCGGCCAAAUUACAAGUAUUUUUUCAAGUCAAUGGACGAUGACUUCGGUGUGGUAAAAGAGGAAAUCAUAGAUGAUGAUGCUCAUCUGCCAUGUUUCAAUGGUCGAGUUGUCUCUUGGCUGGUAUCCGCUGAAGGUAGCAAUGUUUCGGAUGGUGCAUCUCAAUGUACAGAUUCUAUGGCACACAGCGAAGCAAAACAUGAUCGUGUAGAUCAUAUGACUUCUGGACAUGCUACCAGAGGAACAGCUCCACUUUCACACGACGACACAUUGACAGAGACAGAAAGUAUUAUAAGUAGUCGACAAGGACAUCAUUUGCAUAAAAGUUCUAGACAUCAUUCAGAAAAAUAUGAAAAGUACAACAAAUAUAAUGGACUACGCAUAAAUGGUCAUUCGAAACAUCGCUCUGGUCAUGGAUAUGAAACUGCUUCCAUCUUGAGUUCAGAUUUAGAAACGACAACAUUUUUGGAAUCUGACGACGAUGCGACUAGUCGUAUCACGUCGACGACGGGUCGGCACACCAAUAUGAGUAGCACAGUUGAUAGAGGCACUCUGGAUCGACGUCGACCACAAAGAAGACGGCGGCAUAGAUUACCACCCAUGUCACGAACAUCAUCGUUUAGUAGUAUUACUGACAGUACAAUGUCUUUAAAUAUUAUAACUGUUUCACUGAACAUGGAUACUGUUAAUUUUCUUGGUAUUAGUAUUGUCGGGCAAAGUAACAAAGGUGGAGAUGGAGGAAUAUAUGUUGGUUCAAUAAUGAAAGGAGGAGCAGUUGCGUUAGAUGGUCGAAUAGAACCUGGUGAUAUGAUUCUUCAAGUCAAUGAUAUUAAUUUCGAAAAUAUGUCUAAUGAUGAAGCGGUGAGAGUAUUACGCGAAGUAGUGCAAAAACCAGGACCAAUAAAACUUGUAGUUGCAAAAUGUUGGGACCCAAAUCCUAAAGGUUACUUUACGAUACCUCGUACAGAACCGGUACGUCCCAUAGAUCCUGGUGCAUGGGUAGCGCAUACGGCUGCUAUACGAGGUGAAGGUUUUCCGCCUCGUCCACCAAGUGCCACAACAUUAACUUCAACAUCGAGCAGUCUUGCGAGCACACUACCGGAUACCGAACGACCAUUGGAAGAACUUCAUUUAACAGUCAACACAGACAUGCCGACAGUAGUGCGAGCAAUGGCUCGAUCUGAUUCAGGUUUAGAGAUACGUGAUCGAAUGUGGCUUAAAAUUACCAUUCCAAAUGCAUUUAUUGGUGCGGAUGUUGUGGAUUGGCUGAAUACACACGUGGAAGGAUUUAUUGAUCGGCGUGAUGCUAGGAAAUAUGCAUCGCUCAUGUUAAAAGCUGGUUUUAUUCGGCAUACAGUUAACAAAAUUACAUUUUCCGAACAAUGUUAUUACAUUUUUGGUGAUCUAUGUUCAGCCAUGAGUAGCAUGAAAUUAGAUUGUGAUACAGUUGGUCCCUUGCCACCGCCAAACGCUUGGGACAUGCCUUAUUCGGGAACAUACGCACCACAUUCAGCAACUGGUUACAGUCCCAUGCCGUUUAAUUUCACAAGUGAACCUACUGUCUAUGGUUACCAUGGGCAUCGUGAAGAGAGCGUUCAUAGUGGUUCGGGUGGUAGCAGUGCAGGCAGUGAACGCAUAUGCAAAGAACCGAUUCACGAUUUAAAAUCAUGCUCUUCAGCAUCAGAAUCAGAAUUACAUAAUCCGUCGAUGCCGCCAAUGCCAAGUAAAAAUUCUGGCAAUGGUAAUGGAUCGAAUGGAAAGAGAUCUAAUGGAAGUCGCAGUCGUUCUAGUGGGUCUGAGCAAUCUAUUCAAACAGGAACAGGAUCAGGGAAUCAGCAGAAUCAGCAAGACUUAUCUGCAGCACAAUCGCACAAGACAAAGCACAUAAAUAAUCAUGUAAAUAACAUGGUUUACCUCAAUGAAUGGUUCAAAUAUUAAGAUUUGCAACAAUCUUUCUGCACAUGCAUGUAAUUUAUGUUAUAUGUAUGAAGAGGUAUGUGCAUAUAUCUAUUAAUAUUUUUUAAUUAAUUGCGUUUUAGGAUUAUCUACGACAAUGGGACAGCUAUUUCUUUAAAAUCGAGAGGAUAUUGUUUCUAACUAUCCUCCCUUCCCUCUCCAUCAAUAAUUCAUUUAUUUUUAUUAUUUCGAAAAUGUUUUAUACGUUUGAAAAAAAUGUACCUAUAGAAAUUGUUUGUCUUCGUUAAAUUGUUAACUGGUCAGAAACUUAUGAUGUCCACAUAUACGGACUUUUAUUUAGUGCAUGUAACCAUUGAUUAUAUACAAUUGUUAUCCAUUAAAUCGUAAAACUAUAAAUUGUACUCUUUAUAUUAUAUGACAUUGUAUCAAAUUCAAUGAAAUGUACAUAUAUAUAUGCAAAUGCUCAUACUAAAUGUGCCAUUUUAUCAAUGUUAAAAGUAUAAAAAGCUGCGAGAUUUAAUUUAUAUAGAUGCUUGUAAGUGUGCAUCCUUAGAUUAUUUUACUGUCAUUGUCACAUGCAUAUUUUACAUAUUAGUAAAAUAAUACAACUUUCAUUUAUAUUUUAA